AUGGACAGCUCCAGCACAAAGGCAAAUUUCCUCCUUUUCAUGAUCUUCUUCGAUGCUUGCAUCAUCUUUGGGCAGAACGCCCUCCAGGGGGAGCAGAGGAAGCCCUUCUUCCAGAAGCUGAGGAGCCUGGAAGAGCAGUUCCGAAGGUUCCAAGAGGUUACACUCUCACGCCUCAAUGCCAUUGCGGCUAACUACAACAUCUCCUACAACAUAGACAUGCGCUUCCAGGAGCUGACGGACCAUUACCACAACAUCUCCAGUGUUUUGAAUGACUUCCAGGCCAUCACAGGCAAUGACUUGAACAGCCUGAAGUUCUGGACCAAGAGGCUGCAGAAGAAGACCAAGAAGUUGGAGUUGAAAGUGGAAUCUCUGGAGAAGUCUGUGAAUGAUAAUGGAAAGGUAAUACGAAAAGAGGGCCAGGAACGCAGAGGCAUUCUGUCCAACCUCACGCAAGAAAUCCGGGGCCACGCAAGUCAGAUUGGCUUGAUAUCAGCUGAUAGGCAAGAGCUGCAGGAAGGGUUACAAGUGCUGCAUGAUUCCAUCAGAAAGCAGGAGAACAAGAUGUCCCAGCUGGAGAAGCAGGUGAGGAACCUGAGAAAGAGUGGCACGCCACCGUCCAAAGACUCUUCUAGCCCCGUUAGCGCUCUGGCCUCUGCAGAGGAGGCCAGAGAAACCCCAGUCAGCAUGAAGCUCCAGCAGAAACAUUUGAAAGGGAGAAGGACAAAGGAAGGCCUGGUAACAACCAGGACAACCCCAACUCCACUGGAUGCCAGACCUGAGGCUGCAUUCCACGUGGAACCAGAGAUUCAGGACUUUCCUCAACUGCCUCUGAAACACAAGAUCCCUCAAAAGCAGCACGUGCCAAAGAAGGCCAGCACAAUCUGCAACGUGAAGUCCAUGCUGCUGUUUCCCUUUGCAUCUAUCGAAAAUUACGUCACCUUCAAGAAGAGCUUCCUGUCUGGCAUCCAUGAGCUGUCCAUUUGCACGUGGCUGAGGGUGGAUUCGGUCUACAUGGGAACCCUGUUGUCCUAUGCCACCGAGGAGAAUGACAAUAAGUUGGUCCUCUACGGCCGCAACUCAAGCCGCCAAGAGAGCAUCGACUUUGUCAUCGGUGACCCUGCAUACCGCGAACUCCCCAUCGGGGCUAUGCUGGAUGGUCGAUGGCACCACCUUUGCAUCAUCUGGUCUUCCAUCGAGGGCCGCUUCUGGCAGUAUGUGGACCGCCGCCUUGCCUCGACAGGGUCUAAAUUCCAGAAGGGUUAUGAGAUCCAGGCUGGGGGGUCACUGGUGCUGGGGCAGGAGCAGGAUUCAGUGGGCGGGGGCUUCGAUGAGGCAGAGGCUUUCGUGGGCAGGGUGGCUGGCUUUGCUGUGUGGGACAGGGCGCUAAGCCCAGGUGAGGUCUCGGGGAUUGCCACGGGGCGGGGUCUUCCCAGGGGAUCAGUUCUCACCCUGGAUGAUGUGGAGCAGCUGAGUGGCUCGGUGCAACUGGUGCAUUGCGAAUGCCUGGAACACUGCACUUAA